GGACAUCAUGGUGCAGCAGCGGAUGAGCCUGGCCUCCUGCGGCACCGACUGGGACAUCGUCAGGAAGUGCAUCUGCGCCGCCUACUUCCACCAGGCCGCGAAGCUGAAGGGCAUCGGGGAGUACGUGAACAUCCGCACGGGCAUGCCCUGCCACCUGCACCCCACCAGCUCUCUCUUUGGCAUGGGGUACACGCCGGACUACAUUGUGUACCACGAGCUGGUCAUGACCACCAAGGAAUACAUGCAGUGUGUCACUGCUGUGGAUGGAGAGUGGCUGGCAGAGUUGGGCCCUAUGUUCUACAGUAUCAAACAUGCUGGCAAGUCACGGCAGGAGAAUCGUCGCCGUGCCAAGGAGGAAGUGUCGGCCAUGGAGGAGGAGAUGGCUUUGGCUGAGGAGCAGCUGCGUGCCCGCCGAGAGGAGCAGGAGCGACGGAACCCACUGGGCAGCGCAAGAUCUACUAAAAUCUACACCCCUGGGCGGAAGGAGCAGGGGGAGCCUCUGACACCGCGACGCACCCCAGCCCGCUUUGGCCUCUGAGAAGGCCAUGCCUGUUGCUUGGAGGCUUAAAAGACUUCCAGGAGCUGCUGAGCUCUAGGGAGAGUGCCCAGCUCCUCUGGUGACUGUACUCGGUGAGGCUCUCCACAGCUUGUGGCCCGGAAAGGCUUUGGUGCUUGGCACUAAUUUUGCUACAGAAGAGAAAACUUUUAUUUGUUUAAAGUUUGUCAGUCUAAUCC